AUGGCCCAACCUUCAACUACAGCUGAAUAUGAUGUUGGAGUAAUUCAUGAUCAAGCCAAACAACAGAAAAUUCUAGAUGAAGUUAAUAAUGAUAUUCAAAUACUGGAAAGGGAAAAAGAUCGUUUGAUGAAUGAAAUAAAAAAAUAUGAAGCUGAACAAAAAAAUUUAUUAGUCGAAGAAGCAAAACAAGAAACACGUAUUAAAGAAUUAGAAGAAUUAAUUCGACGUGAAAAAGAAGAAUUAGACAAAUUAGAUCGAGAACUGAAGGAUUUACAAAAAGAAAAAGAUCAAAUGGAAACUGACCUUGAACGACAACAAGAAAUAUUUGAACAAUGUGAAGUUGAACUUGAAAAAAUCUCUGAUGAAUUAGAACGAUUACAAGAUUUAUUAGAAGAAUAUGUCGAACAAAGAACCGCACUUGAAGAACAAAGAGAAUUAUUACAACAUGAAAGAGAUGAAAUUGAACGAAAAAUCAAUGAACUUCAAUCACAAAUCAGACAAUUAGAACAAGAAGUGAAAGAUCUCCUACAACGUAUUCAAGCAAUUGAGACCGAAAUCAAACGUAUGGAAUUUGAAUUAAACCAUAUUCUUGAAGAUAUUCGGCGAAUUGAACAAGAAAUUGAGAAAUUAGAAGGAAUAAUUGAAAAAACACAACUGGAAGUGUUGAAUCUUGAACGGGAAUGUAAUCGAUUAGAUGUUGAAAUUAAUCAAAUUGAAGAUUUAAUGGAGCGAAUUCAAAGAAUUAUUGAAAUGAAAGAAAGUGACGAGAAAGGAUUAAAAGAAUUAAAACAAUAUCUUUACCGAGAAUUAGUACAAGCUGAAAACAAACGAAAUCAAAUUAAAGCAGAUAGAGAACGAUUAGAACAAACGAUUAAAAACAUGCAAGACGCAAUCAUACCACUUCAAACGCAAGUUCAAAAUAUAUCCAACAGAUUAGUUAACAAAGAAGCUGUUAUAGGAAAACUCCAACAAGAUGUCCAACAAGCCAAGAACAAUAUCACUUGGACAGAAGAAGAAUUAAAAGAAUUACAAGCAGAAGGUAUAAAACUUGUUGAACAAAUCAAAACUCAAGAUGAAAAACUAAGGCGAGCAGAAACAGCAAAGAAAACUUUAGAUGAUCAACAGAAGAAAUUAGAAGACGAAUUAAAAAAAAUUAAUAUUAAUUUGAACAAAGCCAGGAAAGACAGAGAUGCGUGUGCAAAACUAUUAAAAGAUUACAAAGAAACACUGAAAAACAAUCAAUCGGAACUUAAAACUGCUCAAGCUAAAGAAAAACAAGCGACUCAAGCAUUAAGACAGCAACAAAAACAAGUCAAUGCUGCACAAAAAUUACUCCAAGAUUGUAUUAUAAAAGAAGACAAUGCUAACAAAGAUCUUCAAGCCGCUGAAGCUCGCCUCAAAGAAGAUAAAUCACAAGUUAAAACUGAAGAAAAUUUAUUGCAAAGAGCUGAAAUGGAAUUAGCAACACAUGAAACAUAUCUGGCCGCAAAUCCUGAAGCAUCAAGAACUCGAUUAGAUGCUAUAAAGCAAACGGUCGCAACAUGUAGAACAAACUUAGGCAAAGCCAACGCAAAAUUAGGCUGUAGUAUCAAAUUCAAAGACAAAAAAAGUCAGGAUCAUAAAACAGCGAUUGAAAACAAGACGAAAGCUGGAAAAACAUUAGAAGACGAAAAGGGAAAACUUAAAACAAGACAAGAUGAAUCAAAAACUCAAAAAGAUGCAGUGGAAAAAGCCACAAAGAAAGUGACUGAUCAAAAAAAAUUAGUGGCAGACACCGAAACCCGACAAAAACAAUUAUCCAGUCAAGUAAAGAAAAUUGAAGAUGAAAAAUACGCAAAAAGCAAAGAAAUUGAAAAGAAAAAAGGUGAAAUAAUUAAUCAACAAAAAGUAAUUAAUGAUAACAAGACCACAUUGCUAGAAUUAAAAACUAAACAGACAACAAAUACCAAUAAACAGACAACAACAUCUAAUAAAUUGACAAAGGCUAGAGAAGAACAUGGAAAAAGCGUAAAUGAACAUAAAAAACAAUCUGAUGACGUCGAAAAAGACAAAAAUGACAGAGAAACUGCAAGACAACAAGUUCAACAAAAACAAAGUGAACUUAGAAAAUGUCAAGCAACACUUCCGGAGAAAGAAAGAGAAGAAAAUGCUAUUAAUGGUAAAAUACAAAAUAAUCAAGAAAAUUUAGCGAUGAUUAGCAAAUCUAUUAGUGUAUUAAAAGCUGAUCUUCGUGAGCAAACGAACACUAAGAAUAAAAUUACUAACCAAAAAUCUAAAUAUGAACAGGAUUUACAAAGUUCAAAAAAUAAAAUAGAAAAAGCUGAAAGUGAAAUUGAACGGCAUGGAAAUGAUCGACGAAGAUUGGAUCGCGAUUUAAAUGUCAAAGAACAUGAUUUAACGGAUAAACAACGAGACUAUCAAAAAUUAAAAUAUAAUUUAGAUCAACGUCAAUAUGAAAUUUCAUCGAAAAAAUCUGAAGUUAUCGAAUAUGAACAGAAGGGAUUGAAUUUAGAUGCUAAUUUAAAGAGCAAUAAAGAUCAAAUUAAAAAAUUCGAGCGAGAUAUGAAAGAAGUUUCGAAGAAUAUUGAUAAACAAGAAAAAUUAAAACAAACUGCCGAACAUAAAUUCAAAGAGGCUGAAAGAGAUGUAAGAAAUACAACAAGAGAAUUGGAAAAAUUACAAAAGAAUUUCAAUGAUGUUGAAAAACAUUAUAAUGAAAGCAAUGAUCGUCAUCAUCAAGCAACCAGUGAUUUAACAACCGCUCGAAAUGAGAAAAGUUCGAUUAGUAAUAAAUUAACGGAUAAUCAACGAAAUAUCGAUACACGAGCAUCCAAAGUCAAUACUAUUGCUCAUCGUGUGGUAUCAAAAAAAACUGAUCUAUUUCUUUUAAUUAUGACUACACCAAUAUGGAAAUAUUUAUCAAUGAAAAAAGAUGCUAAUGGUAUAGUAAAAGUAGAUCGACAAUGUUUAAAAACAAUUCAAGAGAGGUUUGUUCAAACCCAUGGAGAAAAUGCUCGUGAUGAUGAUGAUUUGAAAAAUGAAUACAGCAAGACGUUAAUUAAUGAAUUGGGAUUGAUUAAUGAUCAAACUAGUUUAGAUUAUUUGAAUAUUUGUUUAUCGGAAGCAACAGAUGAAUUUGCUGAGAUGGAAAUUAAGGAUAAAGUUGAAAAAAAUAAUGAAAUAUCGAAAUUACUACCAACAGAUGAAGUACAAUCUGAUCCGAUCACUCCUCCCAAACCUGCCGACCAUUCUAAAUCAGUUCCAACACAAAAAAUCAAUUCAUUAAAUAAAAUCAUCUGUAUUAUUCAUCAAAAAUCCACUAAAAUCGAAGUCACCAAUUUCCUAGGUGAAUUUCUAUUUCGACAAAUUAAUCAAAAAUCAAGUGCAUCAUCAGAUUCAGAAAUCAUUCAUCCCGUUUGUGAUGGUACAAGUCAUCCAUUAUCUCAAGGUACAAUACUUGAUUUAUUUAUUCGACAGCAAAUGAUCGAUCGUGGAACAGUAACAUUUAUAGAUCCACAAACAGAAUAUCGUCUUGUCGAACCUAUUAGUCUCACAGAUGAAUUUGAAUCCUGGACAUUUGAUCAUUUUCAUGGUUUAUUUGAUUUUUGGUUAGCAGUAGAUCCGCAUACUAAAACAACUUUUCCAAGUCCAUGGACAUUGCAUUCGGAUGCACAGAUUGAUUAUAUCAUAGCUACUCGAUUGAUCCGUGCUGAUGGUGAUCAGUCAAGAAAAUAUUCAGAACGGCCCAGUACAAAAUCUUUGGAAAAUUUUCUUCGUGAUAUUUGUAACAAAGAAAGAAAUGGAAUGUUUCAAAUAUGGUAUAAAGCAUUGAGUGUCGAAGAAAAUAUUGCGUCUUAUGCUCAUUUAACAAACUUAAAUCAAAAAGAAUGGGAUCGAAUCGGUCGAUUACCUAUGAAUGCUUUGAAAACAAUUAAAUUCUACGUUGAUCAAGAAAAACAAAUGGUUGAAGAACGGAAAACAAAGAAAAAUCCAAAUAAAUCAGAGAUUCCUUCUCUAGAAGAUAAAUCUUAUUCGAAAGCAGAAAUACGUGCAAAUUUACAUAUGAUUAAAUUAUAUUUUAAUCGACAAUUAGAAGAUCAAGAUGGUAUUGAAACAAUUCCAAGAUUAGAAGCUGAUUGUGUUCAAACAGCAUUUGAAGAAAUGCGUCAAGAAGGUUAUGAAGAUGAUGGAUUAUUUGAUGAAAUGAAAUUAUUUUUUCAACCAUUAACUGUUACUGAAGAAGAAUUAGUCAUCAAUAAGAAUGUUUUAUCAAAAUUAUAUCAACAAGAAAUUGUGGAAAAGGAGAGAUUAAGAAAAGAGAUUGAGAAAUUAAACAAAAGUUUUGAAGAAAAAGAUAAUCAAAUAAAAAAAGUAUCCAAUGAAAUUGAACAAAUAAACGUGAAACGUAGUGAAGAAUUUAAAGCAUAUCAAUUGGCAUCAGAAAAAGCAAAUCAAUCGAUUAACCUACAAAUGGACUUGAAUAAAAGUUGGUCGGCAAGCGAUAAUCGUCAAAACGAAGAAAUCAAUUUAAAGAAAAAAGUUCGCAUGGAAUAUGAAAAAGAAUUACAAGAAAUUGACAAAAAUCGAAGUAAUGAUAAAAAUUUAUUAGAAAUUAUUGAAAAAAAUCUCGCUUCGGAUAAAACAACUAUUGAUCGAAGAUUGGUCAAACCACAUCGAGGUUUCAUUAUGUAUGGACCACCAGGUACUGGUAAAUCAGUAAUUAUGAGUAAAUUAGCAAAGAAAAUUGGGAUUGCUAUGCUUGGACCUCCAUUAGCAGCUGGUGAACUUGAACGUCCAUUAGUUGGUCAAUCCGAAGCAAUUAUUUUAGAUCUUUGUAUGCGUGGGAAUCGUUUACCACAUUUGAUGUGUUGUGUAUCAAUUGAUGAAAUUGAUUCAUUGGCACCAAAACGAGAUGAAGAUUCAUCAGAAGGCAAAGUUGCAAAAAUUAGUGUUCUUCUUUCUGUCGUUGAAGGUAUUAAAGAUGUCCCUAAUUUAAUGUUUUUCUCGGCUACUAAUCGAUUACAUAUGAUGGAUGAAGCUUUUUUAAGAAGAAUGUCAGGCAAAUUUUUUGUUGGUCGACCUUCUGCUGGAGCACGAAAACGAAUUUUAGAUGGAAUACCAAAAACAAUUGUACAACCAUAUAUUAGAGAAAAAUUAGCUACAGCUACAACAAAUUUUAGUGGUGCUGCAUUGAAAGCCUUAACAAGUGCAAUUACUGUUCAUUAUAUAGCUCAAAAACGCUUAAAAAAAGCAGAUUAUGAAAUGGAAGAAGAAGAAACUUUAAUCUUAGCUGACCGAACAGCUCGUCAAUAUCAAUUAUAUCUUGGUCUUGAUACAUUACCUCGAUUACUUUUACAUAAUCUUGAUGAUCAACGACAAUUAGCGAAAAUCAAUAAUGAAAAUCAAGCGAAUCCUUCUGGAGGAUUUCAUUUACUAGACAAAUAUCGAUUUACAGGAAAAAUAAUUAUUAGUUUUCAAGAUUCAUGUGUUCGAAUGGAAACAAUUGAACCAAAUAAUAAAAGACAUGUUAUUGAAGAAGAUUUGAUUAAAACGGAACAAAGUCUUCAACAAUUGCUUGAACGUAUUACAUCUUAUGGAAAUGAUCGUAAUGUUCAAUUAUUACAAUUAAUUGAUUUAAAUUUACUUUCAUCAAAAGGAGCUUAUGAAGAAAAAAAAAUCUUUGAAACAUUAAAAGAACGUUAUGAUGAAUGUAUGGAAUAUAAACGUUCAAUGAUUAUUUAUGAUCUUGAUUCAUUAAUUGGGGUCAAUAAAUCGGAAUCGGAAUCAUCGAUGGGAACAUCAGUCAGUUCAUCGGUAGUUAAUCAAAGUAUUUAUAUUUAUGUCACCAGCCGAUUUCGUGAAGCGAAAAUUGAAGCAAGUCGAGCCGAUCAAAAAUUGACCAUUGAACGAUGGGCUAUAGCCGUGGUACGUGAUCCAUUUUUAUUGAAGAAAUUUAUAGCUGAUGUGGAUUUUAUGUUAACUGAUCAACAAAUAAAUGAACAAGAAGAAGAAGAACGACUAGCGACGGAGGUUAUUAUUUGUGUGAAAUGUCGAGAUCAUUAUAUCGAAAAUGAGAAUAAAAUGGGUGCAUGUAGUUAUCAUGAUGGAUUUGUUUAUGAUAAUUCAGCAUUAGAUUUAAAUAAACAUACAACAAGUGAAGCGAUUGAAAUCUUGAAUCGAGAAGAAUAUAUUGUUUUUAAUGAGCCGAAACGAAAAGAAGAAAUAGAACGAGGAAAAGGACGAUUGAAAUAUAUUUGUUGUCACGGAACGGUGCAAGUUGGUGGAGGAUUUAGCGGUUGCAAAAAAGGUAAACAUGGUUAUGCAAAAAUUAAGAAGACAAAUCAACAAGCAGAUGGAAUUGAACAAGAUGCGAUCAGUAUAUGGGAAAUGGUAUGCUUUAAUAAUAUUCAAUAUAAUCGACGAUUGGAAGCUUUAUUAUUAACGCGAAAACCACAAACCACAGAAGUUAAUGCUUCGGCAUAG